AUGCCUCCCAAGUCCAAGGCCGGAACCGGUAAGAAGCCCGCCGCUGCGCCCUUCGGUGCCAGCAAGACCACCAAGGCUGCGAAGAACCCUCUCUUCGAGUCUCGUCCCAAAAACUUCGGUAUCGGCCAGGACAUCAGGCCCAAGACCGACCUGACCCGCUUCGUGAAGUGGCCUGAAUACGUCCGCCUCCAGCGCCAGAAGGUCAUCCUCUCCCAGCGCCUGAAGGUUCCCCCCGCCAUCGCCCAGUUCUCUCACACUCUCGACAAGAACACCGCCACCCAGCUCUUCAAGCUCCUCAACAAGUACCGCCCCGAGACUAAGCAGGAGAAGAAGGCUCGUCUUGACGCUGCUGCCAAGGACGCUGCUGAGGGCAAGGAGGCCCAGAAGGACAAGAAGCCCCUUUUCGCCAAGUACGGUCUCAACCACUGUGUUGCCCUCGUCGAGGCCAAGAAGGCUGCUCUCGUCGUCAUCGCCCACGAUGUUGACCCCAUCGAGCUCGUCAUCUUCCUCCCCGCUCUCUGCCGCAAGAUGGGUGUCCCCUACGUCAUCGUCAAGGGUAAGGCCCGUCUCGGCACAGUCGUCCACAAGAAGACUGCCGCCGUCCUCACCAUCCAGGAGGUCAAGUCGGAGGAUGAGCGCGAGCUCGCCACCCUCGUCUCUGCCGCCAAGGCUAACUUCUCCGACAAGUACGAGGAGUCCCGCAGGCAGUGGGGUGGAGGUCUUCGUGGCAACAAGUCCAAGGAGAUGCUCCGCAAGCGUGCCAAGGCCUCUGGCCAGAGCAUCACCGCCGCCUCCGUCGGCAAGCUCUAA